AGACCCUGCCCAAUCCCGCCGCGCAUCCGGGGUCGGCUGCAAUGGGCGCUGCCCGCCCGGAGCUGCUCGGUAGGAGGCUUCUUCCUCCCUGACCACUUUCUGUGGCAGCGGGCGAGGGGCCCGGGAGGGCCCGCGCCGGCAUGAGAUUUCGGGCUAAGAUCGUGGAUCUCGCCUGCCUCAACCACUUCAGCCGUAUAAUUAACACAAUCGCCAGGUUAGCCAAGAGCUGCAUCCUGCGCCUUACUGUCUGCAAGCUGUAUUUCAUCCUCUCCGAUAAAGUAGCAAAUGGAGGUGCCAGUAUGUGGUGUGAGCUGAGCCAGGGGAAUUUCUUCGACGAAUUUCAGAUGGAAGGAGUAGCUGCAGAGCACAAUGAAAUCUAUUUAGAGUUGGUGCCUGAGAACCUGUCAAGAGCAUUAAAAACUGCCCAGAGUGCUAAGGCAGUGAAGAUCAAGUUGACUAAUAAACACUGUCCCUGUCUCAGAGUUGCUGUGGAGCUACCAUCCUUAUCAAGCAGCAGUAGGAUUGUGACACAUGACAUUCCUGUGGGAGUUAUUCCCAGAAGAAUGUGGAAUGACUUCAGAGAGCCCAGUGUGCCAGACUUUGAUGUCAGUAUUUACCUACCAGUGCUGAAAACAAUGAAGAGUGUUGUGGAAAGAAUGAAGAAUCUCAGCAAUUUCAUUGUGAUUGAAGCAAACUUGAGUGGUGAAAUGAACUUGAAAAUAGAAACUGACUUAGUAUCUGUAACAACGCAUUUUAAAGACCUGGGAAAUCCUCCCUGGGCAUCAGAGGAUGGAUGUCAAAGUUCUGCUCAAGGCAGAGAUCUGGAAAGUAUGGCUGAAGCAUGCAUAGACAUCAAGAAGCUGCAGCAGCUGCUUGCUGGACAGCAGGUCAAUCCUACAAAAGCAUUGUGCAAUAUUGUACGUAAAAGAAUUGUCCACUUCAUCUUGCUCCAUGAGGAGGUUUCACUUCAGUAUUUUAUUCCAGCAAUUGCCUGAGUGUUUUGGAAUCUUGGUCAUUUUCCAACCUGAGGCCUCUUUCACGAAGUCUGAAAUCUUUCCUGAGUUGCUGGAGUAUUUUGAUAUGAGGCACUGUUAGAUGCAGCCAUCAGAUGGACAUUAUUUCAAUAUUUAUGAAAGUAUUCAAAAUAACUUCUCAUUUAGACAGCCAUUUUUGUGCAGAGUUACAUGCUAUGAAAGACACAACACUGGGGAGCAUUGGCAUAUCUUGCUCUUAGGAGGAGCAAAACUGAAAGUUGGCUUACCCACAGCUCAAAGCAUCCCAAAAGCAUGCUCAAUUAAAUACUUCAGUCUCCUCAAAAAAACUAAAGUUAGAAUCCAUCUCUGGAGCUGCUGCUGUGUGUAUUCAGUAUUGAGCAAUGCAAUAUUGAGCAAGCUAUCACAGCUCCAUGAAGCAAGAGAGCCUUCUGGAAGGUUGCCAGACUGGUAUUUGCCUGGACGAGCGUGCACAGCCCUCCUGAAGUGAUACGGAAUUGAAUUCUGUUUCAGUAGAAAUCUUUUGAUUAGACUUGCUCCAAUAUACAUCAGCAACUCUGUUUGUGCUUACUCUUUGUUUAACUCUUGGCCUGAGAGGAUGAGCAAAAGAGUCUGGAUAAUUUUAUUAAUGUGAGCAGUGAAAAUCCCUGUGUACAGAAUGAAUAUCAUAUGAGGACAUGCGUGAGCACAGCAAUUGGUGUGAAAGAAAGAACAAGUUACCUGUGGAUCACAUUUUUUCCCCUUUCCAGUUAGAAAACAUUGUACAACUUGUGUCAUCAUGGUGUCAGACAUGAUGAGAUUGCAUCUAGGCUCUCACGCCAAGCAGCCAAGAGCACAACUAAAUUUCACCAUGGGAGCACUGCCCCUGCUUCUACCUCCUGGUUAUUUUCUGAGGUCUUUGCCUCCUUAUUCCAUGUGUGAUUUAUUUGUUAUCCUGGCAUGUUCCAUAUAGCCUUUGAUUGUUUUAGAAAUGGUGAUUGAGUCUAUGCUGCCAAAUGUGACUGGGAGUUUCUUCUAGAAAGUAACUUGUCAUGGUCAGAAGUGCUGGGUUUUUGGUUGGUUUUUUUUUCCAAGGGAUAUUGACGUUAAGGGAGCAAUGAAUCUUUUGUUCAUGUAAAUGGUCAAGAGAAGGCUGAAGGAGAAGCAGUGGCAGUGAGAAGAUAGAAUAGACUUGCAGUGAUAAGUGUAUUGACUGACUGUGGUUAUAGGUUUUCUGCCUACUACCUCUUUGUUCCUCCCUACUCUUCCUUGCCCUGCACAUUGCCUUAUCAGUUGUCAUAUUUCCAUCCACUGCCUCCAACAUGCUGAGGUUUGCAUCUUUAUCAUUUGCAAAGUCCCAUUUUGCCUAUGUUGUGAGUUGACCUUGCUAAGUAGCUGCUCACUCACUCACACCUGGUGGGAUGGGGGAGAGAAUUGGAAGGGGUAAAAGUGAAAAAAUUCUUGGGUUGAGGGAAGGACAGCUUAAUAGGCAAAGGAAAAUACAGAAUUCAUUCACUACUUCCCAUGAGCAUAGGUGUUUAACCAUUCCCAGGAAAGCAGGGUGAUGGUGGACACAAAAGACUGACACUGAAGAUGGUGGCAAGAAACCAGGCCUUUUUAAGCACUUAGCCAGUUAUCUGUUUACAUAGUUAUAAAGCAUAAUACAACCAACCACCGUACACCACAAUGUGAGCACACAGUGGUCAUGCAGAAUGUUUUUCUACCCCUAAUUCAGCUAUGUCUCUUUCCCACAGUUCUUCUACUUAGCUAAAGUAAUAGGCCUGAGCCAUGAUUUACAAAGGCAGCAAGGCCUUCAUUUUAUAAGAUUUUACCUAUAUGCCACAUCUCCCCCUUUCUUUGUUUUUUAUGACAAGGGUUCAUGUACCCUAAUGCCAAAACAGUCUGCACCUGUAAAGCCAUUAUUAAGAUGGUUACUGGUCAUCUGCUGGUCACAGGAUAAGAUACAUGAAAUACAGAUCACAAUCAAUAAAAACCCAUCAAGAACAACAUGCUACUGACAAAGAUACCCACAGGAUAGGAAAACAAAAGGAUAGUGUCCAAUGUCCCCAGAGAGAGAGCUGCUGCUUCUGCACUUGGAAGUAAAUGGAUACUGUUCCAAAGCUCAUAUGGCUGGAGCACAGGGGCUGUGCUGUUUAGGUGGGAGAGAGUCCAUUAGUUGGAAAUGCUGACUUUAACAUUACUGAAUGUCUCUCUGGAGGCAUGGAACAGGGAACAACUGAAGAAGGUCAGCAGGAACACAAUAACAUGAUGGUGGGUGCAGUAGGACACAAGGCCUCUGUUGGCUGGCUGCCUCCAUAAGCUUCCAGGCACAGCCAUGUUCCUGGCAGUCCUGCCUCUGCUCCUGCUUUGGCCACGAGGGCUGGAUGGUGAUUGGGUCAUUUUUCCUCUCACUGAGCCUCUUUUUCUCGGAGGUGGUCAAUGUUUGUCCAGACGAGCAGGUAACCACUUUAGACCUGUUGGCAAUAAAACACAUACGUACCUUCUCCCCUAGGUUAGUAGAUCAGCUAGGCCUUGCCAUUGCACAUACAGUUCUGGAUUCUUAUGUAAAACCUUUUAGAAAUUGGUUUCACACAGUCAAAUCUUCAGACCAGUAUUGCUCUGCUGGGGAUUAAAAUCAUUGAUCUGCUUUCAAAAACUUUAGUGUAAAUAUUGCAUUAUCAAAAUGUUCCUGAGGAGCCGUAGUCCCCCUUCUUUGUUUUUUUUUGGUUGGUUUUUAUUUGUUUGUUUGUUUAUUUGUUUUGGGGUGGUGUUGUUUUGUUGGGUUUUUUUUUGAUAACAUGCGCAUCACUCACUAUGAACAUGAAAGCAACAUAAAAAUAAGACAAUAUAUGUAAUAAACCAAUAAACUCACACUGAACAAAAAUAAGCAAGGUAAUACAUGUAAUCCACAGCACACAACAAAAGGAUAGUGACUUAGAACAAUACACCCUCACUUGCCUAAAUACUGUACCAUCACCCAGAGUCUACAGUAGCUGACGCGCCCCGGUUCACAAUGAGAACCUGGAGAAACCUUCCCGGGCAAGACUUCCAAGUGUACCUUGAAAGGGGGUCCAGCUGUUAUAAGCUCAAAUGGGCAAGUCAAAGUGACCUGAUUACAUGUUUAGUGCAGAAGCACCUGGGUCUGUUGGCAUACUUCACGACCAGCUAGGGCCAGGGCUUGGCCAGAGCCAAGGCCUUAACUGGAAAGUUUCCCUAACAUAUCCUACAAACAAGCCUCUAUAAAUAGCAGCUGGGAAAGUUUCCUAAAAAGAUACAUGUCUUGCAGAUAGCUACACAACAGUAUGUGAAAGUCUGUAAAGCAGCUGGCUUUGUCAUUUAUCUUUAGCUAAGUAGUCAAUGGUACCAUGAACAAACUGCAAACAGCCAAAGAAAUGCGUAUGUGUAACAUCGAAUAAUAUCUUCUGGUUAAUGCCCUUCAUAAAACGUCAGUGAAUUCACGAUAUGACAUUAAGAACAUACCCAGAAUCAUUAAUACAGCAACAGUAACUGAUCUAAGAAAUCAAGAUUAUAUUUCUCCACACACCUAUGUAUAUAUGACAAUAAAGCAAAAUAAAAGCAAGAAAGAAAGCACAAAACACCUUACAA